GUGGCUGGAGUACCCCCCGCGCGCCAUUGUUCAGAGUUCUUGUCCAAGUGAAGUGAGCACCACUGCUGCAGAGAGAGAGAUCGAGAUGGCAGCGUCCAUGAUCACGUCGCCUCUGGUGGCGCCGACGAGCCUGCCGUCGCUGUCGCGGCGGGGCUCCAACUUCGCCGUCGUCUGCAGCGGCGGCAAGAAGAUCAAGGUCGACAAGCCCCUCGGGAUCGGAGGUGGCUUGACGGUGGACAUCGACGCCAACGGCAGGAAGGGCACGGGAAAGGGUGUGUACCAGUUUGUUGACAAGUACGGCGCCAACGUCGACGGCUACAGCCCGAUCUACACGCCGGAGGUAUGGUCCGAAUCUGGCGACCGCUACGCCGGUGGGACGACGGGGCUCCUGAUCUGGGCCGUCACCCUGGCCGGCCUCCUCGGCGGCGGCGCCCUCCUCGUCUACAACACCAGCGCUCUCGCCGGCUAAUUAAGAAUCAAGUCAUCUCAUUCUCAUCUAUGCAAUUGCAAACACAACACAGGGCCGGGUAUCUCUCUGCAUGUACGUAUGCCUGUAAUGUACGUAGCUACCUGCUGUGAAAUGUACGUAUGUGAUCGAUGAUGCCAAGUACUUGAUCGAAACGCAUCGCUUAAUUUUAUGUAUGUAUAACACUUGCUACUACGUACACACUUCCUACUUUGGGAUUAUCAUUGAUGCAAACAUACUUUUUUUUUGCUA